AUGGGUGAAGAAAAGACAGAGCUAAAGCCAGCCACAGUCCAGAAGACUAUUCCAGUGGAAUAUGAUACUGGUAAUCUUGCAGUGUAUGAUCCAGCACCUCUAGAUGCCACCAAAAUAUCCGAUGCCAGUGCAAAAGAGAGUUAUCUUAAGAGUAUAACAAGAGAUAAUGUUCAAUUACUAAUAAAUCAGGUGCUUUCAUUGCCACUGACGAACAAAAAGAUUGAUGAACAGACAAAUAUGACAUUAGUGGAGCUACCAGAGCCAAUAUAUCAACUUCCUAGAGAGAAGUCGCUUCCAAAAGAGAAGGAGAAAACGAAGUGGGAGAAGUUUGCAGAAAAGAAAGGUAUAUCGAAGAAAGAAAAGAGAAGUCGGAAGGUUUAUGAUGAAGCUUCUGGAGAAUGGGUUAACAGAUGGGGAUACAAGGGUAAGAAUAAAGACAUGGAUGACCAGUGGUUGGUUGAAGUUGAUGAUCAAGCCAAAACCACUGAUGAUGGUGAGGAUAUUGACCCUAGAAAAUUGAAUAGGAUGGAGAGGAAGAAAUUGGUUAAAAAGAAUAUGCUACAGCAGAAGCGGAACCGUUUGAAUGGCAAUGCAGAUAAGGAAUAA